GAGCUAUCGCUCUGCUUGGCAGCUGGACGCUAGCAAUAGUGCUCUCUGUUCCCAGCCAGCCCGCACGCUCCAGCCUGAGCAACCCCACUGUCCACCAUCGAGAUGGUCGCCCUGCCCACUGCCUGGUGCUCUGUUGCUCUGGCCCUGCUAGUGGCCCUGCACGAAGGCAAGAGCCAGUCUGCUGCCACCUCGGAGGAGCCUCCAGCACCCUCAGCUCGUGCCCGAGGUUCCCACCUGCGGCUACGUCGCUGUUCCUGUAAUUCCUGGCUUGACAAGGAGUGUGUCUAUUUCUGUCACCUGGACAUCAUCUGGGUGAACACUCCCGGACAGACAGCUCCUUACGGCUUGGGAAACCCGCCAAGACGCCAGCGCCGCUCCCUGCCAAGACGUUGCGAGUGCUACAGCACCAGGGACUCCACCUGUGUCACCUUCUGCCAUCAAAAGCCCUGGCCUAAAGCUUCGGCAGUCCCAGGUGAAGGAUCCCUUACAGACUUGCUCUGGACCAGCAAAACACAGACCACUGCAGGAGAGCUUCUCCGAAGGCUGAGGGACAUUUUUGCAGCCAAGCGCAAUUUCACAAGGCAUCAUCAGCAGAAGGCAACAAGGGAUUCCGAAUCCUCACACUCUAGGUGGAGGAAGAGAUAGCGCUAAGAAGCUGGAGGAGCAUUGGCAAGGAAGACUUUGUGGAAACAGGAGGAGAGGACCAUCCCUGGACUUACAAGGGAACUACUGCCUGUUUUCUGGGCCAAGACCCUGGCUCUGGCCCAUUGGGUCCACCUGCUGUGAUUGGAAUAAGCUCUGGCCUCUUUGCUUUGGCAAGGGAGCCUCAUAAAGCUGCUGCUGUCCUCACACAGCCCAGGAAAGCCCGUGGAGCCGCCGUCCAUGCUGACUCCAGGUCCAGGCCCUGCUGGAAGAAACUAUAUGGAGCUGCAUACUAAGCCAGAGGCCUCACCCUGACAUGCCAAUCAUCAGUCAGGUGGGAAGUGUAGGAAUGGACAAAGUGCAAGGGUGCACGCUCAUAGCAAAGCCAGGCCUGGAGGAGGAGUGGGUCUCCCUAUGAGCAGGUGUCCUGACUGCCCCCCCAUCUGCCCCCUCCAGCUCCCCUGCUCCAGAGUCUUUUUACCCUCCCCUGUCCUGGGGACACUCCUGGUGAGAAGGGCCUACUCUGCUUCAUCUAUCUGUAUAUAAUUUAUUUGCUCAAAUUUGAGAAGUCCACUUAUUUAUUUUAAUGUAUUUUUUUAGACUCUCGACUAUUUACCUGCAAAUGUGUGUUUGUAAUAAACAUUGACAUGGUCCUCUGG